AUGCCCGAGUCUAAAAACGUUAUCCAGCUUCCCGAGCUAGGGUUCUGGGAAAAGGCGGAUCUUCCUUUCGUCCAUGCUUCGGUGGUCGUGCAGGCAUUGUACGCUGCUAUCACUGGUCUGUUCCGCGGCAAGAGUAGCCCAAGGAAGUAUAGCCAUCAUGUCACCGCUGCGGCUAUUCGGGGGAUGGUUGGCCGAAUUUCUAUUCGUCAGAAGCAAUACAUCGACCCAACAACGCCACAGACAUACCAUGCUGUCAUGCAGCGAAGAGGCCUCCAACCUGAGGUAGUUGACCUCCCUCACGGCACUGAGGGAUACUGGCUGGGCAACAAGGAUGCGAAGAACGUAAUCAUUUACUAUCACGGAGGGGGCUUCGCCAUGGCGGCCGGCGCCUCCCACUUCGAUUUCUGGCUCGACCUGCUCCAAGUCGUCAAUGAGAACGGCCACGAGAUCGCCGUCUUCUUCCCCCGCUACACACUAACCCCACACGAAGUCUACCCAACCCAACUGCGCCAAGCAGUCGGUGCACUUCGAUACAUUCUCACCGACGCAGGACGAGCCCCAUCCAACGUAAUCGUCGGCGGCGACUCGGCUGGUGGUAACCUCGCCAUGGCGGUGUUACUGCACCUCUCGCACCCGCAUCCUGAUAUCGACCCGAUUACGUUGUCGGGUCCCCUGGCGGGCGUGUUUGGUUAUGCGCCGUGGAUCAAUUUCAGUCAUGAUUGGCCUUCGUUCAAGGAGAAUGCUUAUCGGGAUGUUAUUACUGACCAGGCGCUGGGGAGAUGGUCUAAUGCUUAUCUGGAUGGUAAGCAGGGUGAUAGUUGGAGUGAACCUGAUCGUGCGCCGGCGGAGUGGUGGGAGGAUGCGAAGACGGAGAGGAUCUUGUUGUUGGCGGGUGGAGAUGAGAUUUUGCUGGGUCCUAUUGAGUCUUUUGCGAAGAAGGUCAAGUCGGCUUUCCCGAAUACUACGUUUGUGAUCGGGUACGAUGAGUCUCAUGACGCACAUUUGUAUGUUGAGGCAGGCUCGAAAGAGGGGACACAGAGCAGUAGGGAGCUACGACAAUGGAUCGCUUCUCGUCUGUGA